AAAACUGAAGAGGGAUGGUGAGAAAUUGGCUGUUUAUUUUGCUUGAGGUACUUAUUUGUGUUGAGAGAGUGUUUGUUUCUUGGUACAGUUGAAUUUGGAAAUUGGCAGUAGUUUUCUUGAAUGAUUUAUGUGGUUGCUGGUUCAAGAUCAUUUACAGUUGAAUUGGGGAAAAUCUUGUCUCCUUGUGCAUUUCUGCUGGCUUACAUUUCAAUGAGCAGAUUUUUUCAUGCUGCCCCGGACCAGUGCAGUAUGCCUACGAGUGCCCAUCUGCUUUAUGACGUGCUAGUUCUAAUGUGGGAUAUUUGCAAAGUUAAAACUUGAGGGUGUGAGCCAUGUAGCUAGCACUCUUCCCUUAAGGCAGAUGAACGGAAGUUUGAGAUAGCGGGGGACAUGUUCUGGAAAGAUGGGGAGCCAUUUAGGAUAAUUGGAGGUGACUUGCAUUAUUUCCGGGUGCAUCCUGAGUACUGGGAAGAUAGACUGCUGAGGGCAAAGGCAUUGGGCUUGAACACCAUUCAAACUUAUGUUCCGUGGAAUUUGCAUGAGCCAAGACAAGGGCAUCGCGUAUUUGAGGGUAUUGCAGAUAUAAUAUCAUUUCUCAAGCUCUGCAAGAAACUGGAUUUGUUGGUUAUGCUGCGUGCUGGGCCUUAUAUUUGUGGAGAAUGGGAUUUGGGUGGCUUCCCUGCAUGGUUGCUUGCUGAAGAACCUGCUAUCAGACUAAGAUCAUCAGAUCCUGCCUUCCUUGACUUGGUUGAAAAAUGGUGGGGCAUCCUACUUCCGAAGAUAUCUCCUCUUCUUUACAGCAAUGGAGGUCCUAUUAUAAUGGUCCAGAUUGAGAAUGAGUUUGGUUCAUACGGGGAUGACAAAGCUUACCUGCAUUACUUGGUCAAACUAGCACGAGGGCAUUUGGGAGAUGAUAUAUUAUUGUAUACUACUGAUGGAGGUGCUAGGGAAACUCUUGGGAAAGGAACAAUUCCAGGAGAUGCUGUUUUCUCAGCCGUUGACUUCACAACUGGAGAUGACCCAUGGCCCAUAUUCAAGUUGCAGAAAGAGUUUAAUGCGCCAGGAAAAUCACCUCCUCUUUCAGCCGAGUUCUAUACUGGUUGGCUUACACAUUGGGGGGAGAAAAUUGCUAGUACUGAUGCCACUUUUACAGCUACUUACUUGGAAAAGAUUUUGUCAAUGAAUGGGUCCGCCGUCCUCUACAUGGCACAUGGUGGUACAAACUUUGGAUUUUAUAGUGGUGCUAACACUGGAUCAAAUGAGGCUGACUACAAGCCUGAUCUUACAUCCUAUGAUUAUGAUGCACCUAUUAGAGAAUCUGGCGAUGUGGACAAUGCGAAGUACAAAGCUCUGAGAAGGGUCAUUGCCAAACAUAGCACAGAGCCUCUUGCUUCCAUUCCUCCCGAUAAUGAAAAGAUGGGUUAUGGACAUAUUGAGAUAGAUAAAGUUUCAUUUUUGUAUGACAUGAUUGACAUGAAAGACCUUGUUGACGUGGUUGAGUCUGAGAACCCAAUCUCGAUGGAAGCUAUUGGACAGAUGUUUGGCUUCGUUUUAUAUGCCUCUGAAUACAAUCCGAAAGGCAAUGGUAGUGUGUUGUCCAUACCAAAGGUGCACGAUAGAGCUCAAGUGUUUAUAUCCUGUACUGAAGAUAGUGCAAAAAGGCCAACAUAUGUUGACGUCAUCACGAGAUGGUCUAAUAGACCAAUUAAUCUGCCUUAUUUGAAAUGUGAAUCCAAAAAUAAACUAUUUAUUUUGGUUGAAAACAUGGGUCGCUUGAAUUAUGGGCCGUAUAUGUUUGACAGGAAGGGUAUUUUGUCUUCUGUUUAUCUUGAUUCAAGGCCCCUGUAUAAGUGGAAGAUGCUUCCGAUUCCUCUUCAAAAUCUCAACGAGGCCACACAAAUCAACCCCAUCAUUCUUAAUGCACAAAAGGGACUUCCUAAACGAUCUGCCCAGAAAAAGUUAAAAGACAAAAAAAACUCUGUUUUGGAACCAGCUUUUUAUACUGGUCACUUCAGUGUAGACAAAGUCAGGGACACAUACAUUUCAUUCAGAGGCUGGAGUAAAGGAAUUGCAUAUGUAAAUGAGAUAAAUAUUGGACGUUUUUGGCCGUCUAUUGGACCGCAGUGUAACCUUUAUGUUCCUGCUCCAAUGCUUCGACAAGGAGAGAAUACUCUGGUUAUCCUGGAGCUGGAAUCACCAAACACUGAUCUCUUUGUGAGCUCAGUUGACCAUCCAGAUUUCACUUGCGGUCCUACACGUUCAGCACUUAGGAAAUCCAGAGAACAUCGUUUACUAUCUUCAUGAUGACUCUGUUGCUGACUGAAUUUUCCAGAGACAGUUAGGCAUGUGUCUAUGUGUGCGUGUGUGUGUGUGUCUGUGUGUGAGAGAGAGAGAGAGAGAGAGAGAGAGAGAGAGAGAGAGAGAGAGAGGGAGGCCUGUAAAACAAAAAUUUCAUCUUCCAUUGCGAGGAAAUGUCAAUAUGAGAAACCCUUUUGAAGGGCACUGAAUGUUAUGCUA